AUGUAUUUUCGUAUCUAUUUACUCUUUCUUGCAUUAUUCGCCGCAACGCAACCGCAUCACUGCCAAUUAAAUGCAAUCGCGAAGCGGCACAAACGCUGGUUUCCAGCGCUAAUUUUUCCGCCAACCAGUCCAACGCGAAUACAGUUGAUUGUGGGCAUUGGCAUACCGCUGGAGGAUUUACUCUACGAAGCAAUGACCACCGGUUAUGUGCUCAAGGCCGAAUAUUUUUUAGCCGAUUCAGUGGAGAAGCUUUUCACCAUCAGCCGCAUGCCGUUUACGGCGCGUCAACUGCAGGCAAGAAAGUUGACCAAAUUUGAGCGUUUCUUAGCGCGUGCAGAUGAAUGGAAGCGUUAUGCCGCUUGGGAGCGCCACCUGACCGAGCAUCGUAAAGUGUUGUCCAGCUAUCGUUGGUCCAUUUAUAAAGCGCUCGAAGGUUUAGCGGAGCGCAUUGCACCCGCGGGACGCGCUUGUGUGUUGAAGAGCAUUUGUGAGGCGGCGGAGACGCCCUUUCACUACCGCAAUGGGCUGUUUGGCGAACUGCUGCACAUACUAUUGACGCCCUCUUCUUCGAUGGAUGAGUUAUCCGAGCAUGCGGAUAACGAGUAUUUUUAUGCUGAGUCAAUGGGGCGCUCUGGUGCAGACUGCAGUUUGGUUUUCAGGGAUUGUAAAAAGUCGCUGUUGGAACAUUUUUCAAAUGUGCAAAAUUUUCAGGAUACAAUAUUA